AGACGCACGCAGCAACGCUCCUCGUAAUUUUUUUUUUGUAAUUAGUUAAAUGACAAAAUUUCUAGUGAUUAAAAUCAUUCGCAGUAGUCAAUAUGUGAGUGCAAGUGUCGAGUUAAUGUGUCAGAUAAUAUAAUAAGAGCCUGUCACGUGUGGGGAGAGCGAGAAACCUGACGACGAAGCAUUGCUCACUACUCUAGUAUCUCAGGACAUUCAACCACUAGAAAAUAAGAAAAAAAAAAACCAAAACCGUUGUCACCACCUCGUCUUCUCCACAAAUGACCUGCAUUUUACGUGUGUUGGAGUGCAAGUGUUGAACCGUAGAUUGAUAAUCAAGGUUGAAAGAGAAAAUGAUUGUCGAAAUAAAAUGAAAGAAUGAAACGUGACACUGUCAUUACCUGCGUGGAGCCAAACCGCAGAACAAGAACGUCCGUUUCAUUCCAGUACAUUCCAGCAACACCUGUGCUAAUCUGUCGAAGACAUUUUUUUCUUUAUUCGAAUGCGCAUCGUGUUAUCCUUGUUUUCGUUUCUAUUUAACUCCGAGGAUGAUGAAAUACCUGGAUUCUCGUUUUUGUUUAUCACCAACUGGAGAAAUAUUGUGGAUUUGAAUGAAGAAUUACGAGAAGUCAGAUUGAAUUUCAAUGGCAUGUUCUUGCUCGCAUGAGUACAAAAAAAUUAUGACGACGGUAUUGGAUGGCAGUUACCAGCAGCUCGACCCCUUUUCGGAGGCUGAAGGCGGUGGUGACGACGAUGAGCGUGAAGAGACUCCUCACGAGUCUGGUGUCAUGAUCCACGUGGUCCCAGAGGGUGGAAAAGCCAGAUGGAACCACAUUGAGGAUCUGGACUCGUUCUUCACGCGAAUGUAUCAUUAUCAUCAGAAACAUGGAUUCGGCUGCAUGAUGCUGCAGGAGGUCCUCGAGCUUGGACAGUUCAUUUUCGUCGUCGCAUUUUCGACCUUCCUAUUCCACUGUAUAGACUAUUCGGUUUUAUUCAAAGAUAAAUUAGUAGACAAUAACUCGCACAAAACAUCAAUAGGGGAUGCAAUCCUCACCAGAGAGGAGAUCCUAGCAUCGAUGGGCCUCGUCACCUGGAUGUGCAUCCUAGUGGCUGGAAUAUUCUGGAUCCUACGUGUUGUCAAAGUUCUCUAUCAUCUGACCCAAUUUUGGGAUAUAAAAAUGUUCUUCAACAUUGCCCUGAAAAUUGACGACAGUGAUCUCGACAAUCUGACGUGGCACGAGAUACAAAAGAGAGUGAGGGAGGUGCAGAAGGAGCAGGAGAUGUGCAUUCACAAGAGGGAGUUGACCGAGUUGGAUAUUUAUCACAGAAUAUUGAGAUUCAAAAAUUAUAUGGUUGCUAUGAUUAAUAAGUCACUGUUGCCAGUUAGACUGAAAAUACCUCUGAUUGGUGAAGUUAUUUUUAUGACGAGGGGAUUGAAGUAUAAUAUGGAGUUGCUGUUAUUCUGGGGACCAUGGUCACCAUUCGAGAACAAUUGGCACCUGAAGGAAGACUACAAAAAGCUCAAUAAACGCCAGGAGCUCGCUCGAGCCCUCUCCAAGCACAUCCUCUGGGUGGGGAUAGCAAACCUAAUCCUCUGCCCUGUGAUCGUCCUGUGGCAGAUCUUAUACUCAUUCUUUAAUUAUGGUGAGUUAAUUAAAAGAGAACCGGGUACCCUGGGUACCCGUAUGUGGUCUCUCUACGGUCGCCUCUACCUCCGUCACUUCAACGAGCUGGACCACGAGUUAAACGCUCGUCUGAACCGCGCCUACCGGCCCGCCUCAAAGUACAUGAGUAUUUUCACAUCCCCCGUAAUGACAGUCCUCGCCAAGAACGUGGCCUUCGUGGCAGGAAGUAUCCUAGCUGUUUUAAUAAUCCUCACAGUCUACGACGAAGAUGUGCUGACAGUGGAGCACGUUCUGACGACAAUAACAUGCCUGGGAGCCCUGGUGGCAGCGGCCCGAGCAUUUAUUCCAGAUGAGAAUCUCGUCUGGUGUCCGGAGACACUUCUCACAGCUGUUCUAGCCCACACGCACUAUCGCCCAGACAGCUGGAAGGGUCACGCCCACACCCAGUCAACGAGAUCCCAAGUUGCCCAGUUGUUCCAGUACAGGGCUGUUCACCUUGUCGAGGAACUACUCUCUCCCCUCUUCACUCCCUACAUCCUGUGCUUCCACAUGCGCCAGCGCGCCCUUGACAUCGUCGACUUUUACCGCAAUUUCACUAUCGAAAUCACUGGGGUCGGUGAUGUCUGCAGUUUUGCUCAAAUGGACGUGAGGAAACAUGGCAAUCCCAUGUGGCAGACACUUCCCAUAACUCCGGGUGAUGAUAAAACUGAUGGGUAUGACGAUAAUUACGGGGGAAUCCCAGCGCCAAUGUCGAAUCAGUACACUCAAGCUGAGGACGGAAAGACAGAGCUUUCCCUCAUUCAUUUCACUCUGACUAAUCCAGAGUGGAAGCCCCCAAGCCACGUCGAGAAUUUCGUCACUGCUCUGAGGGAGAGGGCCAAGAGGGAGGUCAGUGUACUCCCUGGGGAGGUCACCAACCCCUUGAUGAGCAGCUUGAACAGUCUUUCGAGUUUGGGCCCUGGGUACAAUGACAUUGUUACCAACAUCAUCAGGGGCUCUGUUGUCAAUAAUUUGAGCCUGCAGGGAAUCAGUCAGGUGUUUGGACAUCCUGCUACUUCGGCGUAUGAGAGGGAAGGGGGUGGGGGGAGGGAGGAGGAGGUUGUGAGGAAGGGGAUGAGUAAAGCGGAGGGGCCACUGCACUGUGAGAGGGGAUUGCUCUAUGAACUGCAACAGGGAAUUUCUAAUCAAUCACUUGGGGCUUCGGUCUUUGGCUCUGGACAGGAAUUGACUGCUGAUUUGUCGGUUCCUGUGGAACUCACAGCGGCGGAUAUGUCGCUUUCUACAUUGUACCUGCAUGAGCUGCAUCAUAGACAAGUGAGAAGGAGAGGCUACCACGAAAUGGCAACAAGAAGUAUAUGGCAGCGUAGUCCCGUUCAAGAAUUAGCAACUCUACCCGAAGUGCGACAGGAGCGUGCCCCCCUCCUGAGACACCAAGAUUCAUCGAUAAGAACCCCCAGAGACUCCUAGCAUACCACAACUUUCGUUUAGCUAUUGACCUAGCUAAAGUUUGUGCAAUUGUCAUGACCAUUCAUCACCUAAAUAAUAAAGUAUUUUCAUUAUUUUAGUAACAAAGAAUGUUAAAAGGAACAAAACUCAGUCGUUCCGGCGACAUUCACGAUGGAUUUACAUUUUUAUUUGUACGUGAUGCAUCGACUCAAGCGAGCCUACAUAUUUUACCUUCAUUCUGAAACUAUACGGAGGUUGUAAAGUUAAAGAUGAUGGAAUUUCACUCUGCGUUCCAACAAUUUUCCUUUCUUUUCUGUCACACACACAAAGAAAUUUUUAGUGGUUUAGACAACGCAAUGCAAUUGUUUUAUAUUGGCAUUCUUUUCUUCAUGAAAAAUUUUAAAAACUGAAAAAUCUUUCAUAAAAAAGCUUUUGAGCUUUUUCCAUUUUUUGUCGUAUCCAUUCAAUCACGUAAAGAUGAAGAAUAGCCGCCAAGUGAUGAUUCAGUGAGUCCUAGCAAGAUUUAAUUACCUAGUUAAACAAAUGAACAUGGGAAUGAUUGUUCAGUGGAAGAAGAUGAGUAAUCGCAAGCAAUAUUACGUCUCUGGUUCAUUGAGUGAAGAAAAUCAACAGCCCCAAUUUUCUAGUCAUGCCUUCCUGAAUAGUUCGCCUUAGGAAUGAAGGUUGAUUAAUUUAUUUUCAAUUGCAGCUGCCUGAAAGUAAUGUUUAUAAUAGAGGGAUUGAGUGAAGCGCAUUGAAACUGUAAAUAUUCAUUAAAAGGAUUUAAGAAAAAAUUUAUAGUUGAAUCGAAUUUAUUUAGAGUAAUGAUUAACAUUUUUUUAUGCAAUUAAAUGUAGAACAAAGGGAUGAGAAAUGACAGCAGGUUGUUCAUUGAUUUUUAUUUCUUUCGGUUUCUCAUACUCAACUUAUUGACUGAUAAGUUGAGUAUAAGAACCGCGGUCCACUGUUCUUUAUUUUAAAUUCUAACUUUCAUCUUUCUCUCAUCACGCUCUUUUCUUCAGUUGAUAAAAGUAUACAGAAUUAUUGUAAGGUGGAAUGUACUUGAAUAAGACAAAUAAAUAAUUUUCAUAAUAAUUAUUAACAAGAA